AUGUGCGAAGUCGAUGAAAGCAGCAAGGUGGUCUCUUUCGUGGAGAAGCCGAUCCCGGGACAGCGGGGAUGUGACUUUCCCUUUGUCUCUCCGUUGUUUUACAUCUUGGAACCCAGAACCUGGAAGAAGAUCCCGGAGUUCAACGUCGCCGCCUGCCGCAGCGCCAACGGGACAACGAGCGCCGCACCGAGCGCGCCGGGGAGUUCCUUCAGCUUCGGGCGCUUCGUGCAACACGCGAUCGAAGAGCUGAAGCUCCCCUUCUGGGGUAUGCGGAUGCCGGGUGCGUUUCAUCUCAUUGGUGCUUCAACGGGCCUCGAAGAGUACCGUCAGUUGGAUCGAACCUUCUCCUCCGUGAACAGCUUGGACCGUUCAGACGGUACGAGUGGCCGCUUCCGCACCAAGACGUACGCGCGCGUGGGGCUCAUGGGCAAUCCCAGCGAUGGUUUCCAUGGCAAGACGCUCUCGGUGACGAUUCGCAACUUCUGGGCCUCCGCGGAGCUCUGGGAGUCGGCGCAACUGAGGCUGCUGCCGCAUCCCUUGUUCGACCCCUCGACCUUUUCGGGCCUGGCGGAUCUGCAUUUCAUCGGCCGCCGGGAGGGCUACUAUGGUGGCACGCGCUUGUUGAUGGCGACCUGCAAGCGCUUCCAGGAGUUGUGCACCAGCAGAGGGAUAGCGCUGCCCAGCAAAAACUUCACCCUGCGCUAUGACACGAACAUUCCCCGACAAGUCGGUCUGGCAGGGAGCAGUGCCAUUGUGAACUCCGUGUUUCAAGCUCUGAUGAAGUUCUUCAACCUCUCCGAGGAGCAUAUCCCCCUGGAGCGACAGCCGUCCUUCAUCUUAUCCGUUGAGAGCGAACUGGGGAUCCAGGCUGGCCUACAGGAUCGUGUGGUCCAGGUCUAUCAGGGUCUGGUCUUUAUGGACUUCGACGCGCAGCACAUGAAGGACCGGCAUCUGGACGCUGUCGAACGUGAGGAGAAGGGCUAUGGCAGGCACCAAAAGGGCCUCGGGAUGUGGGUGCAGCAAGAUCCUCCAUGGGAGUCUCCAAGGGUCACAAGGUACGAGCGACUCUCCCGGAGCUCGUUUGAUUGGCUCUCCUCGUUGCCGUUCUUCAUCGCCUAUGAGGCGGAUCCCUCGGAUUCCGGGAAGAUCCACUCCAACGUGCGUGCGCGUUGGGACGCCGGAGAAAGCGAGUGGCCGGAAGUGGAAGUGGACGAUGUGGGUCAUUUCAUUGCUCCUCGGCAGAUCGCUGGCUUCUUGGCCCUGGCCACCAUGGCGGUCAUGCAGGGCAUGGCGUGGAGAGGCAAGCGACUCAAACGAACCAAAGGUGGCUUGACCGGCAAAGUGGCACCCGCGACCAACGAACUCCUGGACUGGCACCACCUUGGAGGUGUGCCAGCAACGAAGGAGCGAUGCCAAUAUGCCAACAUCAAAUACCUCGGAAUGGCUUACGACUUGGCCAAGGGAAUGCCUCAGCCGUGGUGGAGCAAAACCAUGGAAGGAGAUAUUGGAGAUCCUGGUUGGAAGGUUCGUCCAGUGUAUGAGCUCAACAUGGACUCCGAGUCAUGUGGGGCGGAUGUGAUCCCGGCCGAAGAGUGUGCUGAUGCCAUGGAAGUGGAAGUUGAUGAAAUUGCCACAGGAUAUGAUUUUCAGAGCAAGCUCAAGGCACAGUUCAGUGCUGGAGCCUUCAUUGAUGACUUCGGAGCUGGCUUUUCAUUCACCCAAACUGCAGAAUUUGGGUUCAUCAACCGAAAGGCAAAAGACUUCCGAUUCACUUGGAGCAGCGCUGUGUGCAAUGUAUACCAUGCAGUGGUGCAAGGAGGUACUCAGUUGUCCAAAGAGUUCCGGGCCGCUGUUGAAGCACUGCCUAAGAUGCCUGAGAACUACGACCAAGGGGAUGUGGCAUAUGAACAAUUCGUUGAUGACUGGGGAACACACUUCAGCAAAGACAUUUACAUGGGAACUCGUGUCAGUCGCUUUCGACAAUUUGAAGAGAAGGCACUGAAUAAGGAACUUAGAGGUGGCUUCGAUUUGAAAGCCGCGGUGAAAGCAGAUUUGAAGUUUGCACAUGCAGAAGCCGAUGAUAGUGUGUCAGCUAAGGGACAUUCUGGUUCUUUCAUCAGGCAUCAAGCGAUGGCCAAAUAUGAUGUCUGCGUUGGCGCUCACGGAGUAUGUCCACCGGACAUUACCUUGGCACAGUGGCACAGAGCAGCAGUGCAAGAUCCGAUGCCAUUGGAGGUAACAUUUGAAUCGAUCCUAACACUUGUAACCACAAACCAUUUCAAUGCGGACAUUGAUGAGAAGAGGAAGCAUUUGGCCAAGUAUAUAAUCAAGAAAUAUUGCCGAGGAGAGCUGCAAUGCAACAUGGUGGUUCCAGAGAUCUACUCCACAGAGGUGCGCGAGCUUCCCUCGGGAAGUCAUGUGUCUACUGCUGUCAGCCUGCAAGGGACCACGUACGUUGCUACACAGGGGCAUUUUUUUUGGUGGCAUAAUCACGCAGACGGCUGGUCCACUUCCUGUGAAGGUGUUGAACCGCACAUCUUGAAAUACAGUCACAACGCUUGGGAAGAGCUUUCUGGGAUCAGCUUUCCGCAGAUGGCCAGCUUUGCACUGGCGGCUAGCAGCGAGCGUAUUUUUGUGGUUGGAGGGUUGAGUCCGGUGAAAGGGGUUUGUUCCUACUCGGGCUCCAAGAGGAUUCAUGAAAUUGACCUUGCCAAUGAACAGGUGCGCAGCAUUGGAGAACUCUCUCAAUCGCGGAUUUGGCUGGCUGCUGUUGUUCUGAAUGAUGAGUGGCUCUAUGCCAUCGGUGGUGCCCUGUAUCAGCAGAAAGCCCCGCACCACUAUGAGUUGUCCUCAUUGUCUUCGGCAGAAGCGUUUAAUGUCCGAACAAACGAGCUGAGGCAAACACCCAACAUGCGCGAAGCAAGGAUCUGGCCAGCAGUUGCAACACUUGAUGGCUCUAUAUUUGUUGCUGGGGGUUGUGAGGUGAGUCUUUUUCCUCCUCUUAACACAGCCGAGUAUUUGCACGCGUUCUCCGGCAGAUGGAUACCCUUGGAGGAGUCUCUGAGUGUUCCACGGGCAGGUGCCAGCAUGGUGCUGUCCCAUGGUCAGCUGCUGGUGUUUGGAGGGUUUACUUGGAAUGGCAAUCUAGGGAGGUACCAGUCCUUGGAAGAUGUCGAGGUUUUGCCUUCAACCAAUGCCGGCAACAAGUCCUCCUUGCUUGCUUGGCGCAAGCACAUGCACGGGAGGCUCAUGACCGAACCCAGGGCAUGGAUGGCAGCUGUGGAGGCAUCAGAUUCUCGUCAAACAAACAGGGUCGUCCUUGUCGGUGGGCUUACAGACGUGGACAAUGGGCAUAGUGAAGCUCGAAGAGUUGAGGUUUGGUCCUUGCCAAAUGUUGCCUGA